AUGGCGGCUGGGGCCGGAUCCUCGGGUGGCCACAGUGGUCGUGGCUCGUCCGGCGCCCUGGAGUCGUCUUUGGACCGCCGGUUUCAAGGAGUGUCCAACACCAUGGAGUCGAUCCAGGGCCUGUCCGGCUGGUGCAUCGAAAACAAGAAGCAUCACGUCCUGGUUGUGCGCUCCUGGAUGAAAUGGCUGAGGAGAUCGGAGCCCAGUCACAGGCUGAACCUUUUCUACCUCGCCAAUGAUGUCAUUCAGAAUUGCAAGAGGAAGAAUGCAAUCAUCUACCGCUCCACCUUUGCAGAAGUGCUACCCGAGGCUGCCUUACUGGUCAAGGAUGCGAAGGUACGCAAGUCUGUUGAGAGGAUCUUCACUAUCUGGGAGGAGAGGAACGUCUACCCAGAAGAGCUUAUUUCGGAGCUAAAGUCUAGCCUGGCUAAGAAGGAGCCAGCUCCUGCUCCAGUGAACCCCAAGGCUGCCCUGAAGUCUAAGAUUGUUGCUGAAUUUGCUCCCCAAGCAUUUAUAGAGCAGCUGUCCAAGUACAAGCAGGCUGUGGAGGAAGCUGACCUUAAGGAGAAGCAGCUGUCUGCCCUCCGAGUCGAUGUCUGCAGCACAGAGGCCCUUAAGAGGCUCAAAGAUAAGGCUGGAGGUAAGAAGUUCUCAAAAGACUUUGAGGAAGGCAGCGGGAAGCUGCAGGAGUUUGUGAACUUCCUGGAACAACAGGUGAAGGGAGGCCCCCCUCUGCUGGAGGCUUUGGCCAAUGCUGAUGUCUUCUACGAGAUGCAGUACAAGGAGGUCAAGAUUGUCGCAAAUGCAUACAAGACCUUUGCCAACCGUGUAUCUAACUUGAAGCGCAAGCUUGAUGCCCUCAAGGCAGCCCUCCCUGACCCCGAUGACUCCCCCAUCCCCUCCCCCUCUGAGGACGCUCCAUCCCCAACGGGAUCAGAGUCCCCCUUUCAUGGGAUGGGGGUUGGGGGUGCCAGAGGGGACGCAUCGGGGAACCUGGUUGGCAUGAUGGACGUUGACGGCAGAGCCGUGGAUGACAGGCAGGAUGUGACCUUCAGCCUGGGGGACACGGCCGGCCCCAAGUCUUCUCCCAGCAGCUCCCACAGCCAGAUACACGGGCAUGGGGAGGGGGACAACAGAGAUGUGGAGGACAUGGAGCUCUCAGAAGAAGAAGAGGCUGACGGCACCAACAUCAUAGUGGAGGAGCGCAGAGAGAAGCCGGCCCCUGUUGCCGCUCCCAAGCCAGCCACUGCUCCUCCUGUUGCUCCUCCUGCUGCUCCACCUCAGCGACUCUCAGAGGAGCCCCCGUCGAAAAAGCCUGCACCACCCAUCACCUCCACCCCCAGCACCCCUGGGACCCCGGCAACUCCCCUGCCAGUGAACCUGGCCAACGUGGACCUGGGCAAGAUCAGCUCCAUCCUCAGCAGUCUCACGUCAGUGAUGAAGAACACUGGCGUCAGCCCAGUGUCCCGCCCCUCACCGGGAACACCCACCACCCCAUCGGCUCAGGGUUCGGCGGUGAAGUCCGGCACACCAUCCCCUGGCGGAGCGUCGGCCCCUAACCCGCUGGCCAGCAUCCUAUCCCGUGUGGACAUCACCCCUGAAGGCAUUCUGAGUGCCCUGUCUAAGAGCCAGGGACCAAGUGCUGGGCUGCAGGGUCUGUCUUCCCUUUUGCACAGUGUGGCGGGAAACUCCUCUUCUGUGACAGCGAAUGCGGCCAAGGAACGGACCUCAAAUCCUGCUGCCCCAGUGCCCGUUCGUGGCCACACGUACACCUCUCCUGAGCCUUCCUCUACCUCCUCAUCCUCAGCGGUGCCGGUGGGGAAGAUUUCUACGAUGCCUAGCACACCUAAACCCAAACCUCCGUCAGGCAACAACUAUAAGCGGGAGGUGGACAGGGAGCUGGAGAGGGAGUCCUCUUCCUCGGUCUCCUCUUCUUCCUCUCCCUCUAGUUUAGAAUCAAAAAUUCAUAAAUUUCUCCAAGGAAACCCAGGGUUCAGUGCCAUCAACCUGGGUAUCCCCAUCUUGGGCAGCGGCCCAGGGGGGAGCAGCGACAGCCCCUUGCUGGGCUCAGAGAAUGUGGACGGGACGCCUGUCCGCGAUGAGACGGGGGGUACCCCCACCCAGGAUGAGAUCAUGGACAAACCCGGCUCAGAGUCCCUCGCGCUCCUGACGGAGGCCGGCUCUCUGGGGGGCAUGAAGAAGCUGCCAGCAUCCACGGGGCAUGACCUCUCCCCCACCGCCUACCGCACUGACUCCUGGGACGUGGCCAUCUCGCCCAAGGCUGUCUUCAGCCAAGCGGACAGCGACGGGGAUUACCAUUCUUCUCGGUACCCUGGAUACGGUGUGGAAAAGAAGGCAUCCAAGUCAAUCUUGAAGCUCAAGGGAGAGGACACCCUGAAGAAGAGGACCCCCAGCUCUGUGUCUGGGGUGACUCUGAUUCCGGCUGCCCAGGACCCUAAGCCAAGUCACAUCAAAGCCAGGAAGGAUAGCUACGGCACGGCCCAUGGCCCAAGCAAGCCCGGCUACUACGACGGGCUGGGUGAGAGAAGGGGCUCGACCUCCAAGGAAACUCUCCAUCCGCACUCCGUCCCCCCUACAGAGCGCACGAAGAAUGCAGCAACCCGAAAGACAGGCAGCAGCACAGAGGAAGGGGGCGGUGAGCAGCAGGCACAUGGGGAGAGCAGGGUGGAGGAUGUGCCAGGAAGCACCCCACCCACCACUGAGGCGGAGGGCGCACACUACCACCGCAUCGAAACCGUGGUCUCUUCCUCCACCUGCGGGGAGGGAGCUCCUAUCGAGACUCUGGGCUACAGUAACCGACGAAUGUCAGGCGAGAGGAUCCAAACCGUGGAAAGCAUCCGCGUGAUUGGCCGGGGCUCCCGGCCCCAUGGUCGAGGGGGCGGAGCCGGGCCAAGGCCGGGUGGUGGUGGGGGCGGCUGGUAUGAUGAGGCAUACAUGGAGGCACCACCCCUGCCUCCGAUCAUGGCUCCUCCUCCCUCUCUCGGCCUUCCACCCCACCCCAGUACCCCUGCCUUGUCCACGCCGGGCGGUUCUGACGACCGGAGUUUGAGCUCAUCUGCUUUGCCUCCGCCACCCCAUCUCCUGCCUCCUCACCCCCACCUUGCUCCGGGGCAGUUCCAGUUUGAGGAAAGGCCAGUCAUGCCCUUCCCUGCUGAAGACCCCCAUUCCCGUCCCCUCCCCCACCAGCAUCCACCCCCCACCUCCUUCUUCAGUUCCCCUCCACCCCCCAUCCCGCAGCCCCCUCCUCCUCCCAUCCCUCAGCCGCCUCCACCACCGCGGGACUUCCUGUCUCCGCCCUCUGCCGUCAUGGUGGGUGGGGUGCUGGUGCCCGUAGACCGCGCCCUGCCUUUUCCUCCCGGCCGGCCUGACUCCGGAGACCGCGGGGGGAGCGGCACCAGCAAUAGUAGCAGCAGCGGCUCUGCUGUGGGGGGGGCGGCCAAUCCCAGCAGCCUCCCUCCUCCCCUCAUGUCCUCCCUGCUUGGUGACCCUCCUCAGUUUAAAGACCUCCCACAUGCAGCCACUGUGAAAGACCACUUCAGCCCGUGCCAUGCCCCUCCUCUGCACCGCCCUGGGACGCCUGGGGCCCCGCCUCCACUGCUGGCUAGAGCCCGGGAUGGCCCCAAUUCCCCCCAACCCCCAUCAGCCUCCUCCGCACCCACGUCCCCUUCGGGGGAGCCACCUCCCCUCCUGCCCCCUAACAGAAACACCGCCCCCCCCUCCUCACUUCAGCAGGCCCAGCGCCCACUGACCAACCCCAAUUCACAGUCUCACAACCACAGACGCCCCUCACCCCCCCUGUCGCUCAUGCGCCUGUCCUCCCCGAACCCCAGGCUCCCGCUGCGGCCCCCACACCCCCAGCCUGUGCCCCCCCCCCAGAGACAGUUCCUCCGUGGGCGUCCCCCUCACCCUCUGCGCCCCCCCCACUUCGAGCGAGAUCCCAUUUUCCGAGCCGGCAAACAACCCGUCCCCCCCUUCGCUGGUGUCCCGGGGAGCGGUCCCAGAGGCACUCCUUUUUACCCUCCCAAGAGACCUUUCCUGCCCCCGCGCUACUGAAGGGUUAAUCAAACCCCCCGCCCCCUCCCCUGCGAGGUUGUGGCCUUCUCCAGUUUCACCCUCGAACAGCCUCUUCGCACGCUCCAGGACCCAUAGGGUUCUCUCAUUCCUGCCAUAGAAGACACCCAAAGCAAAUGAUGGGAGCGUCAUGUAGGCCACGAUGGAAGGAGGUCUACCUGCAGAUGGUGUAAUAAAGAGAAGGAAAAAAGAG